AAAAGAAAACUUAGUUGCAUAUUUGCAUAGCUUACCUUGUUGGGGUCUCUAACAGUUGAAGUUUGUUUGAGAAAGAGAGAAAAUGGUGAAUUUCGGGAAGAUUUGGACAAGGAAGACAUUGAUAGGUCUUGGACUCGGGCAGUUCCUCUCGCUUUUGAUCACUUCUACCAGUUUUUCUUCCUCUGAGCUUGCCAGAAGAGGUAUCGAUGCGCCAACAUCCCAGUCUUUUGCCAAUUACGUGCUCUUGGCGAUUGUCUACGGAAGCAUACUGAUCAAUAGAAAGAAAUGGCUAAAGGCAAAAUGGUACUAUUACUUUCUACUUUCUUUCGUUGAUGUCGAAGCCAAUUUUCUUGUGGUGAAGGCCUAUCAAUAUACAUCAAUAACAAGCAUCAUGAUGUUAGAUAGUUGGAUAAUCCCAUGUGUCAUGUUCCUCACUUGGGUUUUCUUAAAAACUAAAUAUCAAAUCAGAAAGUUUGCUGGCGUAGUAAUUUGUGUUGCUGCGACUAUUUUGGUUGUCUUUUCAGAUGUCCAUGAUAGUGGUCGGGCAGGAGGGAGUAACCCCAUUAAAGGAGAUUUCUUUGCGAUUGCUGGGUCUACACUUUAUGCAGUGAGUAAUGUUAGUGAGGAAUACUUAGUAAAAAGUGGCAGCAGAGUUGAGCUCAUGACAAUGUUAGGAUUCUUUGGCGCUCUUAUCAGUGCCUGUCAAAUAAGCAUACUUGAGCGUCAAGAACUCCGUUCUAUACAGUGGUCAUCCGGGGCGGUGCUUCCUCUUGUUGGGUUUUCUGCAGCAAUGUUUCUAUUUUACUCCUUAGUGCCAUUGUUGUUGAAGGUAUGCAUUAGAGUGGCAUAACUUUUAUCGCAUCUAAAAGGCUAGAAUUAUUCUCCCCCCUAGUACGUAGGAUUAUGUAUUGUCUUAGAUUAAAACUUGAGAUUAAUGAUGGGGAUUGGGUUCUGCAAUUGUAUAAACUCCUUUUCAUAGAUUGGUUUGUAUCAUCCUAAUUGAAUGCUUCAAUUAA